UUCCUGAUUCCAAACCCAGUGCUUUAUCUACUAUGUCACCUACAUGUCCUGAUGACCUUAAAGCACAAUAUAAAUGAGUUAAGAAUUAUUGUAAGGCUAAACUUUUUUUUUUUUUGUGACACAUUACUGUCCUCCAAUUUUAAUUUAAGAAAAACAAUUCCAGUUAUAUAUUUUCACAAUAAAUCCAUUUGAAUGUAAGUAGCAGGUUGUAAAAAAUUUAGGGCAAAAUUGCUACUUUAAUGCAUAUUAAAAAAAAUUCAACUCCCUAAAUAAUAUUCUAAUUUUUCAUGGUCAUUUAACACUUUUUUUAAAAAAAUCACAUAUCUAUGUAAAGAAAAGGUAAAGGAGAUUAUAUUUUCUAAAUAAGUCCUCAGAGUUUAGCUUAGGCUAAGAAAGUAAUGGAAUGUUAGCCUCACAUCCCAUUGGUUGAGAUUAUUUAUCCAGAUGUCUAGAUUUUGCAUAAAAGAAAGGAGCUACUGAAGCUGAUCCACAUUUAAUGGUGAGAGGUACUAGUAAAGACAAUGGAAAGGAUUAUGACAAGGAUACUUUUUCUCUUUCUUCUAGCAACUUGUAUUGUGCAUGGAAUUUUUAUGGACAAACUUGCUACAAAGAAGCUCUGUGCUGAUGAAGAGUGUGUCUAUACGAUUUCCCUCGCUAAAGCUCAAGAUGAUUAUAAUGCCCCUGACUGUAGGUUCAUUAACAUUAAAAAGGGGCAGCAGAUCUAUGUUUAUUCAAAACUAGUGAAGGAAAAUGAAGCUGGAGAAUUUUGGGCUGGAAGUGUAUAUGGUGAACAUUAUGAAGAAGAAAUGGGAAUUGUAGGGUAUUUUCCCAGCAGUUUGGUCAAAGAGCAACAUGUCUACCAAGAGGCAACCAAAGAAAUUCCGACAACGGACAUUGACUUCUUCUGCGAGUAGAAAUUUACAGACAUUGAAAUUUCUGAUGAGAAACACCAUGGCCUCCUCAAACUAAAUUAAAUACCCACAACCAACUCAGAGAAUCUUCUCUUUCUCAUUAAUAAGUGAAAAUGUUUGUAAAUCUAUAAUUAUUUCUAAAGUUCAUAUCAGUCUUCCUGGCUCUGUCCCUAAUUCCUAUUGACUCCUGUGCUUGGAUGGAUCAGAAUUUUUGUUUUUCUGCAAAAUAAUCUCCAUUCAGUUUUUUUAGAGGCCAUAUGGGAAGAUAAAUGAGACUAUUUGAGACUUUAAGUUCUCAGAUGUACAACAUAUUGUAAUUACUCUCUAUUUAAAGGUGCUAAUCAAUGAGCAUGAUUAACAAUUGCUCUUCAAAUUAAAAACCAAUUCACAAAUUAAUUUUAUUUGAAUAGCCCUGUCUUUUAAACUACUAUGUUUUUCCUUUUUAGAUUUUAAAUCUUUAAAAAAAUUAGACUUUUAGGAAUUUUAUAGUUGUGUUUUAUGACUGGAUGUCUUAAUUUGGGGGAAGAGUGUUUUAUGUAAGAAGUCACAACAUAUAGGUUCAAUCUUAACUUAUUAGUCUUAUUUCACAUUGCUUCAACUGUUUCAUGGACUUUCUAUUUAAACUAAUCAGGACUACUAUUUUUCUCUCUCUCCUCUGUCCUCCCCCAAUCCUGGAAUAUAUUCCCUCAUCUCUGAUGGUGAAAAUCCUUUUCUUUCAGUGAGAAAUCCUGCCUCUUCCAAGAAGUCUUCUUCAUUUGUCCUCUCAUCACCCUAUCCUUUAUAAGUGUAAUAUUUUCGUUGCCUUCAAAAUUCUCUAUAGUGUUUUAUCUCAUUUUUUUUAAUCAUUAUUUGGAUAUAUAUCAUACAGGUUUUCUCCCUUUAAACUAUAAACUCUUGCAGAGCAGGGCCAUGUUUUUUUCUUUGUAUUCACAGAACCAAUCCCAGGACUAGAACAUUAAAUGAUCUUAACAUGCUUUGCCACUGUUUCUGUUGAAUUGAAUUGAAUCAUUGAACACAUACCUUGCAUGUCAGUUUUUUUUUUCACCAACUUUUCAAUUUUUUUUACUCUGAGUUCAAUGUGUAUAGUCUUAUAUUCUGAAAUAAUAUGAUUUGCAUAAAAUUUCCCUUUCAUGUACAAAUACCUUUAGUCAUACAAUGAUACAUCAGAA